GGUGUAGUCCCACACGACGACCAACGAGUCCCUCAACGACCACCGUGGGAAGCUUCGUUCGGUCGUUCUCCAUUGCACAGAGCCGAAGGGAAGAAAGGCACAUACAUAAGUGUGGCGGCGCAGGGAGACCGGAACCGGUGCGGCAAAUGCUAUAAAGUGUAUCCAAGCAUCAACAAGGCCAGCCACUGCCCGUGCAGGCCGGAGGAGCUGCUGGUGCACUGCCCGGACUGCAACUUCAAAUGCAAGUUCAUGAGCCAGCUUACCGCGCACAAGGGCGGCUGCCGUCGACGCCGGGCCCGCACUUUGGUUGCAGGUCAACUCACUCACUCAUCCACAGGCGCAAUCCCAUUCAUCCGCCAUCUGUACUGCGCUCUGCGAUCUCUGCAUCGAGACCCUCACAAGCUUGAACGGAGUCCACUUACGCCAACUGGACCAGGAGCAACGAGCAAACCUACGUCCUUUACAUUUUACAUUCGCGCACCGGGGAUCCACCAUAUUGAGAAGUGCUAGGGCUGCCGAAACCGAAACCGGAAACCGAAACCAUCGUUACGUGUUACGUGGAAGUGGCCGUACGCCGUACAGCAACAUGGUCACCCAAGACCACCCGUGGACGCAUUCUCCAACGUUUAGAACAGCUUCAGUGCCAACAAUUUUUCCUCGGCCCCAACUUUUCAGGAGCCCAAAACCAGAACAAGAUAAAUCCCGGGCGGCAGGGUCACACCAAUGACAUGUCAGAGUGACCAAAGUGGGCGAGAACUAAGCAAAAAUAAACAAACAAUACACAGGAAAAUAGCAGCGCGUGCCUGGCCAGAGAUUUUUCGCCGCAGGACCGAGCACCGGAACCAGGACCACAGACGCAGUGCAUCGCGGACAACGGGGGACGCAAUCCGAGUAAGAGCGAGACAUGGCUGCGGCCACCAACAACGAUUCCUCCACCUCCGGCGUGGAGGCCAAGGAGGAGGUGGAGAUGUCGAUGUCGAUGCCGAUGUCGUCGCCCAUGUCGAUGGCCAUGGUCCUGGCCAGAUCGACGCCGAUGGCCAUGCCCUCUGCCAGCGCCUCCAAGGGUAUUAUGAUAACGCCGCCGCCGCCGGCGAUGCCGCCCACGCCCACCUCGUCGCCGAAUACGCACGGCGAGUGGCCCCACAUGAACAUCAACCUCAACCUGAACCUUAACCUGAACAUGAGUUCAAACACCAGCGCGAAUGCAUCAUUCCAGCUGAGCAGAGACCGGGGCGAGCACUUCGCCCUGCCGCAUCUGCCGCCCCUGCCGCUGAAUCCCAAUGCCCCCAAUGCCGAGUAUCUGCCCAGCCUGAUCCAUCCGAGCACUCUGCCCUCGGGCAGCAAGAGCUUCAAGAUGCGUCCGCGUAUGCAGCGGCUGAAGCACUCCUACAGCUACAGCAACAUAAUGGUCCAGUCGAAUGGCCGCAAGCUGCGCACAGCCGCCUCCACCUGCAACAUCGAGCUGCUCAACCGCAUCCUGGAGGGUGGGGCCAAUCCGAAUGCCGCCGAUGAGUACAAUCGCAGUCCCCUGCAUCUGGCCGCCUGCCGUGGCUACAUACCCAUUGUCCAGCAGCUUCUGAAGUACGGAGCCAAUCCGAAUGUGGUCGACUCGCUGGGGAAUACACCGCUCCAUUUGGCUGUGAUCUCGGCCAGCUCCAACAACUUCAACAUUGUGGUGGGUGUGCUGCUGCAGGGCGGAGCCAGUGUCCAUAUGUACGACCGCAGCAACAAAUCACCGCUGGAGUUGGCCGAGGCCAAGCUAAGAUUGCUCCGCAAUCGCUACGAUCAUCCCACGCCGGAGACGGCCAAGAUCCUGGAGGACAUGUGCAUGCUGACCACGCUGAUCUUGCGCUACAUGGUGAAGCAGCAGCGCGAGCUGGAGGAUCUCUCUGCGCUGGAGAAGCGCCUGCAGAACCUGAGCACCAGCGAUGACCAGGAGCAGGUCGUGUCCCAGACCGCAGACGAGCUGCUUGCCAGCGUCGAGCGGCUGUCCAUCAACAACAAGUAGAUGGAACGGACGCUGGACGCCAAGGGAACCACCCAUCCGCAGGCGGGUCCAAAUUGCGUUCGAUGAGUUGAGAAAAAUUUGUUUAUCGUUUCCUAAUUUGGCUGCCGUUGAGCUGGAGUUGGCAUCGCGACGAGCAGCUGGGGGAGGAAGGGGUCCUGAUUGCGAUCCUGAUCUCAUCAAGCUGCCAAAGGCGACCAACGCUCUCAAACACACACAAGCACACACACCCACACAAACAAAAGAAAACACACAUUGUUUCAUGCGAUCUUUUAUUAAGUAUUUCAUUUAAGGUUCAUUGUUUACACAAUCAACAAACAUGAUUACAUUUUAAGCUUUACGUUUAGCGCGCCAAAAAAAAAUCAAGUUAUGUAAUAAUGAUGCAAUCGCAACUCAAGAGGACACCUAACAAUUUGCUACAUUACAUAUAACUAAAUGACUACAUUACAUGGAAAUCGUUAAGUGUCUAUUGUAUACUACAACAAAAAACCAUAAGCGUGUAAACACUCUCUGAACAAUAAACGAAAAACCAAA